UGGCCGCAGCCAUCCGUGCCUCCGCCGCGGGAAGUAAUCCCUGGCCGCGCCGGCUCCGAAGGGAGCUGGGUGAGAGCCCUCAGGGCGUGAGUUCCGGGAGCGGUGAGUGUGCAGCCAAUCGCUGCAAAGGAGGGUGUGGCUGUAGGCCCCGUGGAUUCCUCCGCUCGCGCUUGCAGUGCUGAGGCCGAAGACGCCGCCAUUUUGGAUGCUGAGCCUUGAUUCCUAGCUCUUCCUCUGGGGUUUUCACGUCUGGGUUUGGCCAGGAAGAGCACAGCAUGCUGGGCUCUGGGUUUAAAGCCGAGCGUUUACGAGUCAAUUUGAGAUUAGUCAUAAACCGUCUUAAACUGUUGGAGAAAAAAAAAACGGAACUGGCCCAGAAAGCAAGGAAAGAGAUUGCUGACUAUCUGGCUGCUGGGAAAGAUGAACGAGCUCGGAUCCGAGUGGAGCACAUUAUCCGAGAAGACUACCUUGUGGAGGCCAUGGAGAUCCUGGAGCUGUACUGUGACCUGCUGCUGGCUCGGUUUGGCCUCAUCCAGUCUAUGAAAGAGUUAGAUUCUGGUCUGGCUGAAUCUGUGUCUACACUGAUUUGGGCUGCUCCUCGACUCCAAUCAGAAGUGGCUGAGUUGAAAAUAGUUGCUGAUCAACUCUGUGCCAAGUAUAGCAAGGAAUAUGGCAAGUUAUGUAGGACCAACCAGAUUGGAACUGUGAAUGACAGGCUGAUGCACAAACUGAGUGUGGAAGCCCCACCCAAAAUCCUUGUGGAGAGAUACCUGAUUGAAAUUGCCAAGAACUACAAUGUGCCCUAUGAGCCUGACUCUGUGGUCAUGGCAGAAGCUCCACCUGGAGUAGAGACAGAUCUUAUUGAUGUUGGAUUCACAGAUGAUGUGAAGAAAGGGGGCCCUGGAAGAGGAGGUGGCGGCGGGUUCACAGCACCAAUUGGUGUACCUGAUGGAACACUGCCAAUGCCCAUGCCCAUGCCCAUGCCGUCUCCAAGUACUCCUUUCUCAUACCCGCUUCCGAAGGGACCAUCGGAUUUCAAUGGAUUGCCAGUGGGAACUUACCAGGCCUUUCCCAGUAUUCAUCCACCUCAGAUACCAGCAACUCCCCCAUCCUAUGAAUCUAUUGUUGGUCCGGGACCCAAGCCAGAAGCUUCUGCAAAGCCCCCUUCCAGACCCAUGGAUACCUAUGACAACUUUGUACUCCCAGAGUUGCCCUCUGUGCCAGACACACUACCAACUGCAUCUGCUGGUGCCAACACCUCAGCAUCUGAGGACAUUGACUUUGAUGAUCUUUCCCGGAGAUUUGAAGAGCUGAAAAAGAAAACAUAGGCCUGGUAAACCAGACAGCGUCCAGGUUCUGGGACUCGAGACUGAGCAGUUUCUUCUUGUAACCAAGAAUCUCCAUGAAAUUCUGUUUCUUCUGUUAACCAUCACUGAGUACACUCUUCCUCUGGGCUCUCUUCCUGCUCUACCAAACUCUGCUGCUCCUGAAGGACUAACAACUGGAGGACUCUGUGAAGUUGCAGCAGCUGGCUCUUGGCAGCCAUGCUUAUCCGUUUCCUGUCCAUGUGAUCCAGCUUCUCUCCUUGCCUGUCCCACGCUCUCUCCACAGGGGAGUGAGAAGGUGAAAAGUAUUGUAGGGAGAGUACUCCAUGAAGUGUCUCAGCCCUGUUCUGAGGUUCUAGACUUAGAAACACACCCCUCUGUACAAAGGGACUUGUGGUGAGAUUCAAGGCCAAGGCAUGUAUUUUCUCACUCUAAUAUGAAUGGGAGAGAGAGAGAAAAUGGUUCAUGAAGCCAUUGUAACUGUUCUUGGAAGUUGGGUCCUCUCAUUGACAUAUACACUACUUCUUGCUGCAGGGCACUGUCCCACCCGGAUCCAGUUGGAAAGGUUAUUUGGAAAGUUGAAGGCCUCUCUUAGUUCUGCUGGAUUCUCAGGGAGCCCUCUGUGGCCUUUUGGCUUUGAGUGCUGUUUGCCUUUUAAUCGAGGGCAGCACUGCAUAAAUUCCUGUUUUUCCCCAUAGCAUGGUUCUGUUGGAUCGCACUACCGGCCAAGGAAGGACAGGCCACAUACUGGGCAGACGUUACCAUUCAAGGGUAAGGUGGACUUCCAGUAGCCUUAAUAGAAAUAUUCAAGCUUCUUGAGUAGUGAGCUGGAAAGCCUAUGGGUGAAGAGGGGUUCCUGUUUUCACUUGAAAACUUUGAUUAAGAGAACCUUUAAAAACUGAUCUCAGAUAAAUUUUUGGUGCCCUUAUGGCUGUGGUUGUUUGCUGCUUUCUUCGAUGGAUGAGACUCUUGUUAAACUGUUUUGCCCCUCUAGCUAAGGCCAUCUUUCCCCACUGGGGUGGCUUUAGGAUCAGAAGAUACGACUUUGACUUCUGUGUGGUGUAUCUCUACAUACUUGUUUCAAGGAACUUUAAUAUUUUUGAUUGAUUUGUAUCUCAUAGCUCAGAAGCUGAUAAUAAAGUUAAAAAUUCUAUGCCCUGCUUUCUCCAUUGUUUUGGCUAAAUGAUGAGGGGCAAAUGUGGAUGUUAAUGGAGAGUAUUUUAAGCAAGUGACCCAUAUGGGGCACAAGCUAGACAUUACCUUUGGCUCCCUGAGUAAUAUGGAUGGAUGCCUGUAGCAAUAAGGAGCCCAUUUCAGUCUCUAUUUUAAGCCCAGAUAGUAUCUGUGAGUUGGCUUGGUUACUUCUCUGUGAUAGGGCCCCCCCCCAGUUAGCCAAAUCUCAUGCUUUUAUCUUUAAUUACAGUUACAGUGAGCUUACUUCUGACUCAUUCAUAUUUCCCACCGUCGUCCUGGAACAUGAGUGAUGAGUACUUGCUCCUUGGCAGCAGAGCUGGUUUAUCCUGUAUCAUUCUUGCAGUGUUGACCCUCCUGACAGUUCCGUAAGCAUAAGAACUUGCAGCCAAGGGGAUUUUGAUUCUUCACUGACUUACAAAAUUUAAAAAGUAUAUUAUAAACAUUUAUAGUUUACACUAUGCAAAGAUCAGUAUUAAUAUGCUAAGAAGUAAUAAGCCAAGGUAGGAGGAUUAAGAUAGUCCAUCUUUUAAAACUUCAUUUGUCAAUACCGAUUGCUGUUACAGCUAUUUGCUUACAUGUGUUCUGGGGCCUCUGGAUUCCUAACAGACUUGAGAGCUUCUGUAGCAACAUGUCUGUCAGUGCAGCUUCUUUCUGAGUCUAUUUGAAGACAAAAGGAGAAAAGCAAGCAAAUUGAAAUUGUUGCUAAUGUUGGAGGAAAAAAGUGCCAAAGAUAUUUUUUUAAAACCAGAUAUAAAGUAUAUAGUAAAGAUACUGUUCCCUUUAAUGGUUUACCAUCAGUCAUUGGAGUGUUUCUGCUACUUAAUAGUUGAGGGCCAGCUAUUUAUAGGACAGUAGAUAGAGACCAUAAUGCAAUAUUGGUAAACUGGGUUUCCUAGGAAAAUGGCUGGCAGAGCUAUGGAGACUAAUAAAGGGAACAUGCUGAUACUGUG